UAUCUGUCGGGUCUCUUCUUUGAACCCAAAAAAAAAAAUAUCUCUGUUUCUCUGACACUCCCUCGCUACUCUCUCUCUCUCUCUCUCUGUUUCUCCAAAAUUUCAAAUUCUUUGUUUUACCGAUCCUAUCUCUCGUCUCUGAUUUUGCAUCUGAUCUUGUGUUUUACUCGGACCCUUUCACUCUUAUCUCUAUUUGAAGCCCUAGAUUCAUAUCUUCUCGAUUGAAACCCGUUCGCGAUCUGCUGUUCGAUCCAAGAAUCGGAGACGAAGUUGGUAAUGCUCUUGUUUCCAAUCUUCGACUCAGAAGCCAUGAAAAGCAGCAAGUUCACAUCCGCAGAUGCAAUCGAAGAAAGCAGCAGUAGCAGUAAUGGAGGUAUUAGCAAUGAGAAGAAGAGCUGUGCCAUUUGCGGCACUAGCAAAACCCCUCUUUGGCGAGGCGGUCCCGCAGGUCCCAAGUCUCUGUGUAACGCAUGCGGGAUCAGGAACAGGAAGAAAAGACGGAUCGUGAUCGGGAAUAGAUCAGAAGAUAAGAAGAAGAAGAAGAAUCCCACCAGAAACUCGAAGCUUGGAGACUCAUUGAAGCAGAGGUUGAUGGAGUUGGGGAGAGAAGUGAUGCUGCAGCGAUCGACGGCUGAGAAUCAACGGCGGAAGAAGCUCGGCGAGGAAGAGCAAGCCGCCGUGCUACUCAUGGCUCUAUCUUAUGCUUCUUCUGUUUAUGCUUAACGAAUUUCAAAGUUGAAAUAAUAAUUAAUUUUGUAGGAUAAGAGUAUGUUUCAGAUUCUGAGAGCAGUAGCUAACGAAUUAAUGUGUAAUUUUUGUUCGUUUUUGAAUUGUUGAAUUAACCUUCUUUUCGAAUUUUUUUGUAUCUGGUUUAUCAUUUAUGUGAUCUGGAGAAGAAAU